UCUUAUAAUACCCGAAGAUAAUUUUAAUAUAAAAUUUAUGUAAUUUUCUUAAAAGUAUUAUACUAAUUAAGUGGAAGUACACGCGCAGCGCACGUACACUAAAAACUAGUGUAUAUUAAAUCUUGAACACCCUUACCAAAAUUUCUGGCUUCGCUGCUCGACGUGAAGCCAUGAGAUACUUUAUAGAUGUAUUUUUUUUCAAUUCGUCUCCAAUGGCCGUUAGAUUUUAUUUAUUUUCUUAAUCAAAGAAACGUAUCUUUCACUAGCAUUUAUAUUAGUUUGAACCCAAUACCAAAAUUGGUGGCUUUUGCUUAAAAAAGAAAAAAUUAGUUUAAACAAAAAAUCUCUAAAUUUUUGCGUUGAGUUUUGAACUUGGACCAAAAUGUAGUCUUCCUUGGGUCAAACACUCUGAAAAAAUGUACGGAGGUAGACGCAAAGGCAGAUUAGCCACCAUUUUUGGCGGCAAGACAAUCUUUUGUUUAACACCAAUGACAUUUGAUACUUUGGUUUCGAACUGUUAAGAUUCCUCGUAGAAAAGAAUAGAGACAUGUUUUCUCUUAUUUCUCUUCUUCCGUUUCUCCAUUAAGAUUCAGAAAGGAAAAGAGAAUAACUCUUUUUGGUAGUCACAAGGGGUUUAUUGAAUCCCUUCCUUGGAAUAUUAUUCCGCACAAAAAGGGUAACAAUCCCUUCCUCGGAACAGAAAAUGCCUUUGUCAUUUUCGUCCGAUGAUUGUAGCCAUCCCACCAUUGUGGCCGUUGAUAAAGACAAGCACAGCGCCUCUGCUGUCAAAUGGGCUGUUGAUCAUCUCGUGAUAAGCAAUCCGACGCUUGUGUUGGUCCAUGUUCGGAUCAAGAACUCAACAAAUCAGAAUGGUGUUGUUCAAGGUUCAAAUCGCGGAUUGAGUGAUCAAGAUACUCAUAAGGUCUUUACACCUUUCAGGGCUUACUCUGCACGUAAAGGGAUAGCAGUGAAGGAGGUUGUCAUUGAGGAUAUUGAAGUGUCUAAGGGACUUCUAGACUAUAUUAACAACCACCGCGUCACCAACAUUGUUCUUGGUGCAUCAUCAAGGAGUGCUCUUUCCAGGAAAUUUUGGAGUCAUGAUGUGCCAACUAUCAUAAACAAGUCUGCACCAGAUUUCUGUACUGUAUACGUGAUUUCGAAAGGAAAGCAACAGUCAGUCAGACCAGCAGCAAAACCUUUUGCUAGUUCUUUGUCAGCAACGCUACCAUCUUCCCAAGCGUGGUCAGCAGCUAGGCUAAGUAAUUACUCUGAAUCAUCAGAUGUAUCCAGGUCAGUAUAUACGAGGCCAGAGCAAAAUAUUGUAGGUUCUGAAAUGAUGAAGCCCAAAAUUGGACCAUCUAAUGCAUCGAUGGACAAUCUUGAUGUUCAUACUAGAGAUACUAGGAAUUCAUAUAGCCGCAGUUCUCCGUCCGAUGAUAGAGGUCUCUUUGCACCUCUUAGCCAUGGAUCAGUAGAUAUCACAGCUCAAAAUCUUGAUUUCACUCAAGUUUCAGUAAAAGAAAAUUGUAGCUCCUCAUCUUCGUGGGAAGCUGAGAUGAACAGAUUAAAGCUAGAGCUAAGGCAAACCUUGAAUAUGUACAACACAGCUUGCAAAGAAGCUGUCUCGGCAAACCAAACGGCUAAAGAGCUUCAUCAAUGGAAAAUGGAAGAAGCAAGUAGGUUCAAACAAGCCCGUAUUUCUGAAGAGGCAGCUCUCGCUAUUGCUGAGAUGGAAAAAGCGAAAGGCAGAGCUGCCAUUGAAGCUGCUCAAAAAGCACAAAAGUUGGCUGAGAUAGAAGCAAAAAGAAGAAAAUAUGCGGAGUUGAAGGCCAAGCGAGUGACAGAAGAAAAGAAUCUAGCAUUAAAUGAUCUAUCUCGGAGUGAUCUCUGCUAUAGGAAAUACACAAUAGAAGAGAUUGAGGCAGCCACCAAAAACUUCUCAAAUUCGGAGAAGAUUGGUGAAGGUGGAUAUGGCCCUGUUUACAAAGGGAAACUUGAUCACACACCCGUUGCCAUUAAAGUUCUGAGAUCCGAUGCUGCACAAGGGAUGAAACAGUUCAAGCAAGAGGUUCAAGUCCUCGGUCUCAUGAGGCACCCAAAUAUGGUUCUACUCUUAGGUGCAUGUCCCGAGUAUGGAUGUUUAGUUUAUGAGUUCAUGAAUAAUGGCAGCCUGGAAGAUCGCCUGUUCCGGAAAGGUAACACCCCUCCAAUCCCAUGGGAAAUUCGGUUUAAAAUUGCUGCUGAGAUCGCAACAGGGCUCCUAUUCCUUCACCAAGCAAAACCAGAACCUCUUGUCCAUCGUGACCUUAAGCCAGCGAACAUUCUUUUAGACAGCAAUUAUUCCUGCAAAAUUAGUGAUGUUGGCUUGGCAAGGUUAGUUCCACCAUCUGUAGCUGAUUGUGUUACACAAUAUCACAUGACUUCAGCUGCAGGAACGUUUUGUUACAUUGAUCCUGAAUAUCAACAAACAGGAAAGUUAGGGACUAAAUCAGAUAUAUAUUCACUUGGUGUGAUGUUGCUCCAAAUUAUUACUGCAAGGCCUCCGAUGGGUUUAACACAUCACGUCGAGAGGGCCAUUGAGAACGGAACAUUUGCAGACAUAUUAGAUCCAACAGUGCCAAACUGGCCAAUGGAAGAAACUCUUAACUAUGCAAAAUUGUCACUCAAAUGUGCUGAGCUGCGGAAGAAAGAUCGACCUGAUCUUGGUUCGGUGAUAUUGCCUGAGCUUAAUAAGCUUAAAGAACUCGGAAUGAAUAGCAAGCCAAGUAUAGACUCUUAAUGUUUUCUUAUUCACUUUCAUACGAAUGAUCUCAUUUGGAUAAUAUAUAAUGAGGAAAGAACCUGUAGCAUUUUGUCACAGAGAUUCGAAUUGUAAGUUUAUAAUUUUCUAAGCAUUCAUUUAAUGAUCCAAUCUCAUUUGGCUGA